AUGAUUCUCAAAUUUGUGUCGUUUCUACUGCUAUUUGGACAUGCCCAUCCAUAUAAUAUUGUUGUAUACAGUCCAACUGAAAGCAAAUCUCAUAUGAAAACGAAUGCACAAAUAGCUGAUGUUUUGGCACAAAAUGGUCACAAUGUUGUAAGUUACCUUUAUUGUUGUUUAUUUUAAACCAUUUUACAAUAUUUAGUUUUAAAUUGAUAAGAAACGUCACUUCAGGGUUUUUAAAAAUAGAAAACCGAUAAAAUUUGUGGCGUUUCGUUUACAAAAACAAAAAAUUGUUAAGAUUAUGCCAAAAACGAUAAUUGAUAUAAAAUACGAGUUGAAGGAUGUAAAAUACGUGUUUGAUAAAGGAACUUUUGUAGACAUUGUUCGAAGUUCAUUAUGAUGAAGAGCCAGGUACCAUCCCCAACAUAGUCAAGUAUGCAAGGUACGAAAGCCACACAUUUGAUUGGGAAAACAGGACAAAUGAAGCUAAUCUGAAGGGAUUCAUUCAAGGAAUGUUCAAUCAACGGAAUAUCAUCACAGCUACACUCAACAACGAUCUGUAUCACGACAGGAAGGUGGAAGCGUGUGAUUGUAAGUGUAAAACAAGGUGUUGCAUGUUGUUUUUAACUAUAUUUGGGGGUUUUAGUGUCUUUAUUUGUAAUGUAAGAUAGUGAAUGUUAAAAUAAGUUUAAUCUUUUAGUUUUUGGUUGUAUUUAUAUUGUUUUAAUUCAAAAAUAUCGUUGUAGACCUUCUGAACAACACGGAUAUUCUCGAAGCGCUUCGAGAAGGUCAAUAUGAUGUUUAUAUUGGAGAACAACUCGAUCUAUGUGGCACAGGGUUGAGCCAUCAAGCCGGUAUUCCAGUCCACGUGUGGUUGAGCAGCUGUCCGUUACCUGAAUACAUGACAUCUUUGUUGGGGAUACCUAUAAUGAGUAGUUUUACUCCAGCCGUGCUGCAAAACGACAUGAAUGGAGAUAAAAUGGGAUUCUUUGCACGGAUUCAGAACAUGUUCAGAAGCUACUCUAACUACGUUGGAUUCACGGGAUCGGCGGAGAGGAUUACUGAGGUAUUUAGGAAGCGAUGGUAUGUUGUUUUAAGUUUGACGAUUGUUUUUUCUGAGGAAUUAUAGCUAAGAUAAUGAAUUAUUGUUUCUAAAUGGCUAAUUGUAUUAAAAUUCUGCUACAAUAUUAGACGAUAAACAUAAUUUUUAGAUAAAAUAACUCUUUCAAGCCUCAAAAAUUUUGUUUUAGGCCAGAAUCACCAUCUGUAUCCGAAAUCGCAGCCAAAUCCCCUAUUGUUUUGGUCAAUUCAAAUGAGUUUAUCAACUUCCCACGACUUACAACUUCAAGAAUUAUUGAGAUUGGAGGUCAUUCAUUAACUGCAUUGGACGAACCAGCAGAAGACAACUCUACAGCUACAUUAAUUGAAGAUCUUUUGAAUGAAGAGCUUGUUGAUGUUGUUGUAUUUUCUUUGGGAUCUGUUGUCAAAACUCAGUGGCUGCCUCGUGAAGUCAGGAAUAAUAUAGUAGAAGCGUUCAAGGAGCUACAAGACUAUCAGAUUAUCGCCAAGAUUUCUGUGGAUGAUGUGGUAGGUGUUUUGGGGUUGCUGAACUUUUAGACAAACUUUUUUUUGUUAUAGACGGUGUUUUGUUAUUGUUAGUUUCAUUUUAGAUCACAAUAUGUUUAAGAUAAUAACCAUUUAAGGCUCUAGUUUAUAAGGUGAAUUUUCAGGAGACUAAAGCAAAGUUGGCUAACUUAAGUCACGUAAAAGUGAUGGACUGGAUACCUCAAACUCAACUUUUAGGUAUGUUUUGCAGAUAUUAUCAUGAUUUGUUACCUAGAAAAACUAAAAAAGGAAUUUUUAUAAUAUUGUAGUAGUUUUUACCGGUUAAUAUGCCAAUUCUCUGUUUGUAUUUGCCUAUUUAGCCCACCCAAAAACAAAGCUUUUUGUAACUCACGCUGGCUACAGUAGUCUUCUGGAAGCAGCAUGGUACGGCGUUCCAGUGUUGGCUAUGGGAGUAUUCGGAGAUCAGAUGCACAAUGCCGAGAUUCCGGAAAGAAAUGGCUGGGGAAAGAGUUUCGACAAAAAUAUUCUAGUGGACACUCCCUUACCGUUCGCAGAAUCUGUCAAGAACAUCAUUGGGUAUCCACAGUAAGUUCUUUCUUGCCAUUUUUUGAUAUAUGCAUAACAAGUUGUUGAUUAGGUUUUUUAACACGAAAAGAAUAGUGGUAGACCUUGCUAUAUUAUCAUAUUGAAAUAUUGUUUGUUUAGUUACUGUAAAAGCCUUCUUACUGUACCUUUCUUACUUUAGGUACGCAAAGAAAGCCCAGAGAAUCAAACAAAUCCUUCGGAAUCAGAUUCCCUCGCCAAAAGAUCGACUGGUAAAUGCGUUUACAAUGUUGGAGACCCUUAAUGGACAACUUCCCGAGCUACUGCCAGCUUCUGUUGAACUCUCAACCUUCCAGAUGUACAACUUAGACGUCUACAUUGCCUUCAUCUUGUGUGUAUUGUUGUCGUUAUGGUCGAUAGCAGGCAUCUUCGCGGCGGUCGGUCGAUGUUGUGAUAGGUUGGGCAACAAGUUUAGGACAGUGUAAGUUAUAGUUAAUAUCUUAUUAGUGCCUUUAGGUAGAUUUUCGUGGCUUUUGGGCAUCUUUAGUAUUAUUUAGUAUGUUUUUUGUCAUGUUUUCACGGUACCAGCACUGUAAAGACAAAUAGAUGUAUUAUUAUUGUAAAGUAAUGAAAAAUAUAAUAUGUAAACUUGUUACAGUAAGCCAAACGAACACGAAGCGGCGCUUCUCAACGACCACCCUGAACCUUAA